CAUGUUGCUGUCUGUGUAACCCUCUGCAGAGCUAAUAAUUAAAGCUCUACGGCAACUCCGGUCUGAGAAACUCAUUAUUUCAAAUCUCAUGAUAAAUUUCCACGACAACUUCUUCUUCCUCAAUGAUUGGCCCUCUGGCAACAUGUGACCUGACCUGUUGACUUAUUACCUGGAAGAGUCAUGCUCUCUGUACCUGGGAGUUCACCGUGAAGGUUAGGCGGGCUCUUUCUCCUGGACUGAGACCAUCAGUUUGAGAUAUCUUUUAAUGUCUGGAUGGUUUUAUCCUGUUACUGCGAUGACGACAAAGAAGCAGGACGGAUGGCGAAAGCUAUUUCUGAUUCUCACAGUGCUGCCCUGCUGCAGGAGCUUAAAGGUUUCUAUUCCUGAGGCUGAAUACAUGGUUGCAAGCGGAGGCGACGUUGCCUUGACCUGCUCCUUCAUCCCAGCCCGAGACUUCAACACAAUAGUCCUUCGUUGGGAUGUCGACCCCGAGGAUAUCAACGAUCCAAUGGAAUCGGUGGCCACCUACUUUAUGAAUAAUCCUGUUGACAUUGCACCUGCCUUUGAAGGCCGAGCCACUCUGGAGGUCGACCUUACAAACCAUGUGAGCACACUCACCCUAAAAAAGGUGACUAUACGGGACAGCCGUCGUUUCCAGUGCACCGUGUUGAUCCCAAAUGACGACGAGGGAAACACAGCAGCCGCAACUUCCCUUUUGGUCCUGGUGCCGCCAUCUCCGCCGAUCUGCAGCAUAAAUGGGAGAGCAGAGUACUGGAAUGACAUCUCCCUCACCUGCUUGUCUCAGGAGGGAUCCCCUCAACCUGUCUAUGUAUGGAAGAACUUCGAUGUCAAAAACGCUCCCAGAGCAUUUCCACCUAAGACAACUGAAAAGGACGGAGUUCUAUCUCUCUUCAAUAUUUCAAGAGAGACGUCAGGGAUCUUCACUUGCACAUCGACAAAUCGAGUCGGCUCUGCCAGCUGCAACUUUACCUUAGCGGUGACGCCUGGCGGUAUGAGUGAGGGCUCAGUUGCAGGUAUAGUUGUAGGAGUCCUCGCUGGUUUCCUGGUUCUGGGGAUCGUCGCCUUCUGUUGCUGGCGCAGAAAGGGCAAAAAGGAAAAGGAGUAUGCUGAGGGUGCUCCUGAAGGAGUAGAGUUCUAUGACAGAGAUGCUCCUGAGGCUGGAGAGCAGUACUUGGACAACGAGACGAGCAACGAGACAAAGCAGCACAAACAGCACGAAGACAAAGGAGCUGCUCCACAAAACAUUUACACUGCAGCAAUUGGACACACGUUUGACGAUGAUGAAAACAGUCACAGCAGUGGUAAAGAAAGAGAUGGUGGCAAGGGCAGUAACAUCGACUCUAAACGUUACCGGGACGACAAGCAUGAUCACUAUCGUGGGAGUCGCGAGCACCUCGACGAUAAACCUAGCUAUCAUAAGGGAAGCCGUGACCGACUUGACGAACAACCCGAUCUUUCCCGUGGCAGCCGCGAUCGACUCGAUGAGCCUCGUGAUCGUUAUGGUGGCAGCCGUGAUCGCCUUGACGAUCCACGCGAUCGUUCCCGUGGCAGCCGAGAUCGACUCGAUGACCCUCGUGAUCGUUAUGGCGGCAGUAGGGAUCGACUUGACGACCAACGUGAUAAUUACCGUGGCAGCCGAGAUCAACUCGAUGACCCUCGUGGUCGUAAUAGCGGCAGCCGUGAUCGUCUCGAUUAUAUAGACGAUCAACACAGGCAUGAGUUGAAGGUCUGAGUUGCACAAAUCAACCUGGGAACUUUUGGCUCUGCACCCCAGUGGCAGCUUGCUACCAUUUAUAAUCAGAUUAGGAUGACCUGAAUGAAAAACGUAUAUUACAAUAACAACCAUAAAUAUAUUAAAAUAGUCAACAAAAAGAAAAAAUAUAUAAUGUAUUGGUAUCGUGAUAUAGGAGAAUAACAGAUGGUAAAGAAAACAUGAGCAUGUUGUUCUUCUGAUUACACAAAAUCAGAAUUCAUUUACUAAACCCAAACUUAGCCGAGGUGCUGUCAACAAGCUGUGUAUAUCACAUUAGUCAAAGAGGAAAUAAAAAUCAAAUCUGAUGGUAAACAGAGAUAUAUUCCUUUUUAAAUAGUUUAUUACAUAUGUAUUGUUUCUCUCAUAGUGUUUUUCGUAUUUUAUAAAAAAAUCUCAUAAAUCUCAUAAAUGACUAAUACCCUGCACACAUAGGACACCUAUGUUUUGCAGUAAUUAUUGAAAAAAUAGUUUUAGAGUAUUAUGAAUAUUCUUUACACUUCAUGAAAGUUAUUUGCAUUAUAUCUGAUUUGAAAUGUCUGUUCAAUUUUUAGUUUUAAAAUGGUGCCAUUUUUUAUGUGUGUAGUGAACAUCCGUCAAUAGCCAAGCUUAUCGCAUCUUUUUUUCUUUUGUAUGUCUUUGAAUUAGAGGCAAAGUGAGUGUCAGUUUAUGUUGAAUUUGUGUUUAACUUGAAUUUGUUUUUUGUUCUUUACAUUAAUUACAUAUUACACUUUGUGUGAUAAAUGAUUUAUA